UCUUCUCUUCUCUUCUCUUCGUCUUAAUUUCAUCUUUUUUCUCUCCCAAUUUUCCUCCCCUUUCCCCUCUGCCAAACAGGCAAAUAAAUCAAACCCAAAUAAAAUAAAACUGUUACACCUCAAAAUUUGGUACCAUAAAUCUCUCAUCAUGCCACUGAAACAGGAAGACAAAAACUCCACGCCCCUUUUUCUCUUGCGGGCUAGUCCGCCGGCCACCGCCUCCGACGACUUCAACCACCGCAGACGGCGGUUAUCGUCCUCCCCCACCAGCGGCACCACCUCCCACCGCCGUUCAUUGGGGCACCGUGUUGGCCGUGCUGUGGCCAAACCUUUUCUCGCCGCGAGCUUAUGCUUGAAACUUUUGAGAUGCUUUUGGAUAGGCUGCCGAUGGAUAGCAAGAUUUGUAUCCCUUGGAUGUUAUGUACUUUUUAUUUUCCCUGGUUUACUCCAAGUUGGAUACUAUUAUUUUUCCUCCACUCAGAUUCGCAGAAGCAUAAAGUAUGGUGAUCAACCAAGAAAUAGAUUGGAUCUGUAUCUACCAAAAAAUAGGGAUGGAUCAAAGCCAGUGGUUGCAUUUGUCACAGGUGGAGCCUGGAUUAUUGGUUACAAAGCAUGGGGUUCUCUUCUUGGAUUACAAUUAUCAGAGAGAGACAUCAUAGUAGCCUGCCUUGAUUAUAGAAAUUUCCCCCAAGGAACCAUGAGUGAUAUGAUAAAGGAUUCUUCUCAAGGCAUCUCAUUUGUAUUCAAUAAUAUUGCUGAAUAUGGAGGCGAUCCUAACAGGGUUUUUCUAAUGGGACAGUCAGCUGGUGCACAUAUUGCUGCGUGCACACUUGUAGGUCAGGCAAUUAAAGAGGCUGGUGGUGAGAGCAUUUGUUGGAGUGCUUCYAAGAUCAAAGCUUUCUUUGGUUUAUCAGGGGGGUACAAUUUGUUAAAUCUAGUGGAUUAUUUUCACAGUAGAGGUCUUUACAGAUCAAUAUUUUUAAGCAUAAUGGAAGGAGAAGAGUCCUUGCAAAGAUUUUCCCCUGAAGUUAUGGUGCAGAAUCCAAACGUUAAAGAUGCAGUUUCCCUACUUCCACACUUCACUCUAUUUCAUGGAACUGCAGAUUAUUCCAUACCAUCAAAUGCCAGCAAGAGCUUUGCAGAAGUGCUUGAAAGAGUUGGAGCAAAAGUGGAAGCAGUUCUAUASAAAGGAAAGACACAUACAGAUUUGUUUCUUCAGGAUCCAAUGAGAGGUGGCAAAGAUCAGUUGUUAGAAGAUUUGGUUGGCAUCAUUCAUAAUAGUAACACAGAAGCAGCUCUUUCCAAAGAUGCAAUGGCUCCUCCAAGGAGAUGCCUCGUGCCUCACUUUUUGUUGAAGUUAGCUCGUCGUGUUAGCCCAUUCUGAUUUUAUUAUUUUAUGCCUUCUUAUUAAAUGAUUUUUUUACCCAAAUAUAUAUGUA